GGUACGCGCAGGUGUGCCGGGCCGCGGCGGUGCGAGCCGGGCGCGUUGUCUUCCCGGAGUAACGGGGCUCGGUUAGCGCGUUUGUGUCCCGCGGUGAUGGCAGUUGCGCCGCGGCGCUGUUUAACCUGCCGGGUCUCCUCUCACCUGCUGGAGGCUUUGUAAGCGGACGGCGUGCGCCGCGGGCUGCGGCUGCUUCCUGGUGAGAGCAGCCUCCAGCACGGCGGUGAUGGAGCCCGGAACGCUGCACGCGGUGCGUUUCGCAGCCGCCCCACUGUUCCCAGGCAUGCGAAUGCAGCUCUGGCUCAAACUUGUGAUGGUUUGCAAGUAUCUGCCCAGGAAUCCGUGUUGCCUUUUUUUUUUUUUUUUUCCCCCCUCUUUAAAUUCAAUCAAAAUUUAUAGCAGAACAACAUUUUACUGAGUUCCGUGUGUCUGGGGGGAUGCGAUGAGUCGAGUUCUACUUGCUGUGCGAAUAAAGUAUUUUGGCGUGUCCUCCCCACCCCCCAGCUGCAGGAGGCACCACCUGCAGUAUUUACGUUUCUGUGUUUUUAAAGGCUGCUUCUGGUUGAAGGGAGUGAUGUAGGGUCAGGAAGUGGAGAAUGGGAAAUAUAGGUUACUCCUCCUAGGUGAUGCUUUCCUUUAUAUGUGUUUCUAUACAUGGAUUCAUUCUACUAAAACAUGUUGAUCCACUACACUGCUUCAUACCGUGUUUAGCUUUUUGUUCUGAAUUGGUGUAGCUGUCAAAGAAGGCAAGUCCAAAUAUCUUUUUUGUGUGUGUGAUUUUGCUGUAUUUGUGCACAUAUACAUACCCUACGUCUGGAUGCAUAGUGAAAUUGAAAUCUUUUGUUUGGCUGUUUUUUUCAGAAUUGAAAUGGUAAAUAAUAAUUCAUUGUCCUUAACCAGCACUUGCUACCUUUUGUUUUGGUGGUUGUUUUUGUUCUACAACGUGACGUAGAGAAGAGAUCCAAACUGCAGAAUUUCCUGUCUGUUUGGAUCAUUACUUCUUCACGCUGUCCUAAUUUAUUAGGUUGUUUUGUGACAUCCUUUCUGGAUUUUCUCCUCUCUCCAUGAAUGUGCUGUUUGGAGGCGAGCCUCAGGAGCAUGUUUACGUUGCAUUCAGAUUAGGUAUCAUGUCCAAGUUGAAGACAAAAUGGCUACUUAGCAAAACCUCCCCUUUUAUUCUGGGAUUUCCUUUCAAGAAAAAAGAGAGUAUAUGUUAGCGUUUUAAAUGCAGAUUGCUUCUUGCAUUCAGGUACACUCAGUGAAUAGCCUGCCUGCUGGGCACAAAGGAAUGCAGAGCACUGUGAGGGUCUUGCUGGGCGCCGGGUGCCAGCAGGCUGUGCCAGCACCUUGCAGCCCCGUCUCCUGGGUGCUUCUCUGGCAUUCCCUGCAGGAUGGUGACCUUUCAUCCCUGGCUACCUGGCAGCCUUGCACCGUGCUGGCACUUCUCUGCUUCUUCCGGACAGCAUCAGCUCUGUUGUGUGCAGCGGGUUGUGUGCAGAAAUGCAGAAUUCAAGAUAAGGUCAUUUCUGUAAUAAAACCUUUCUUUUUUCCAAGUGUUUUCACAUCCUUCAUGACUUCUAGGAUGUCUGUGUGUUUCCCUGUUUUUGUAUUACUGUCAAACAGCCUUCAUCUGGAGCUCGAGUCCCGUGUGAAUUCACGCCUCAGCGUGGCUGCGGUUGUUUUGAGCAGUGCCAGGGCAUCGUGCGUGCUGCACUCAGAGCAGAAAGCCGCCCUUUCUGCACUGCAGUCUGGAGCCUGUUGUCCUGGUCAGUAGCUGCCAUGUGCUGAUGAGGAGCAAGCAGUGCACGAGUGUGGGAGGCUUGUGAAAAUGGCAGUGCUCUGUUGCUAACAUAGCUGGGUGCAACGUGCAGAAGAGAGCUUCCUCUUUUCUGCUUUUCCUCCUCUUCCUCCCCUCUCUCCCUGCCCUGCCAGCUGUGUGUGCUGGCCGGUGGGCAUGUCCAAGUCCUCAUUUCCUUCCUUAAGGAUUUAGCACACCUAGAUAAGCACCCUUCUGUAUUGUUUUUUGUUUUUUUUUCCUCUUUUCUCCUACGCGUUUGCGUACAGUGGAUGGGUAUUUAUAGUUGUUUUCAUUUGUUUUUAAUUUCUUUUUUGAAAAGAUCUUAGUGUUCGGAAAGCGUUGACGAGGAAAAUAGCGUAGCAGAAUAUAGCAGCUACUGAAGUGCUGGACUUGAAGAUCACAAACAAGUCUGUGCUUGUCCUUCCACCGCACAGACAAAUAUAAAUAUAGUAUGUGAUGUGGGCCUCAAGGGGGACAAUGAGUUGUUCAGCAUUUCAACUCGUACUUAAUUUAUUCUGUUUAUUAAAUUAAAAUGUAGUUUGACAAGAGCAGCUCGAGUGAUUGUGAACGUGCAGAGUCCCUUAAAAUCAAACAAUAGGUUAAGUCCUUCUGGUUAAAAUGAAAGGCACAGCCAGCGUAUGUACUGAAGGCUUGACAGUGUGCUUGCUAGGAGUCCAGUCUGGGUUCUGCUUUGUUUUUGUUACUAUAUUAAGUGACCAGUAGUGCGGUCUGGGGAGGGGGAGAGAGGUUUUCUUAGCUAUGCUUAAAAACAGACUGGGAAGUGUUUCUCUGCAUUCCAGCACCACGUACGUACAGCAGGCCAGGUACGGCAGGUAGCUGUUCUGAUCAGUUACUGCAGCCAGUUAAUUACUGCAGCCAAACUGAGAUGAAGUUCAGUGCUGUCUGGCUGUGCUUUUCCUAGCUGCCCCACGCGAACACAUCCAACAAAGUCAUGUCUGAUUUUGUUUCACGUUAUGUGUGUGACUUGUUCAGACAGUCAGACGUGUUCUUACGGUGUCGAUGGAAAGGACAGAAAUAAUAUUAGAUGUCUUUUCCCAUUGACGGAUUAGGAGUCUAGACAGAAGAAUACGACUUUGCGGAGCCCAGACGGCUGAUUAAUGUCAGUUGGGGCAGGUUGGUGAAUUGCCCUUGUCUUUCUCUGCUGAACACUGGACCCUAAUCUGCCUUGUUUAUUCCCCUUUGGAUUCAUUAAAGUGUUUAUAUUUAUUAAUAGCUUUUUGUCCAGACGUUGGAGCCUGAGGCGGGAAACCUCCCCAGUCAGCUGUCUGAGCAUAUAGACUAAUGGGGCUUCAGUUAUUUUCUUGGGUGAGGGGACUGUAUUUACAAACAUGUGAUGUUUGUUUGAUGGUAUUUCUGUACCCAGAUGUAUGCUGGCAGAGGAUGAGCAUGAAGUUAGCAAAGAAUAUCUGUAGCCAAAGGCAGCCAGUAACAUAUGUAUGCAGCGGAGUGCGGCACAAGGACUGAGCAAAACUGUACAAUCUAAAGUGGACUGCAUUUUGCAAGAAGUUGAGAAGUUUACAGACUUAGAGAAACUCUACCUCUACCUUCAGCUGCCUUCGGGUCCCAACAAUGGAGACAAAAGUGAUCAGAUCUCCAUGUCGUCCAGCCGUGCGCAGCAGAUGCACGCCUUCUCUUGGAUACGGAAUACCUUGGAAGAGCACCCCGAGACAUCCCUUCCCAAACAGGAGGUUUAUGAUGAGUACAAGAGCUAUUGUGACAAUCUUGGCUACCACCCAUUAAGUGCUGCUGACUUUGGAAAGAUAAUGAAAAAUGUCUUUCCGAAUAUGAAGGCUCGUCGUCUAGGCACGAGAGGCAAAUCAAAAUAUUGCUACAGUGGACUGAGGAAGAAGGCUUUUGUGCAUAUGCCAACACUGCCCAACCUUGACUUUCAUAAAACUGGAGAUGGGUUGGAUGGGACAGAGCCAUCUGGACAGCUACAAAGUGCUGAUGAGGAAGUUGUCUCUGCAGCCUGCCGGCUUGUUUGUGAGUGGGCCCAGAAAGUGCUCAGCCAGCCUUUUGAUACAGUCUUGGAACUGGCUCGUUUUCUUGUCAAAAGUCACUACAUCGGUACCAAGUCAAUGGCAGCUUUAACUGUAAUGGCAGGGGCACCAGCAGGAAUAAAAGGGAUCCCCCAGCCCUCAGCUUUUAUACCUACUGCUGAAAGCAAUUCCUUUCAACCACAAGUGAAAACUCUGUCAUCUCCUGUUGAUGCCAAGCAGCAGCUGCAGCGUAAGAUCCAGAAGAAGCAGCAAGAACAGAAACUGCAGUCUCCUUUGCCAGGAGAGUCUCCAGCAAAGAAAACAGAAGGCACCACAACCAAUGGUGUAACUAGUAUAUCUAAUGGAAGUCCUGCGAUUCUGUCUCCUCAGCCUAUUGGCAUUGUUGUGGCAGCUGUCCCCAGCCCGAUACCGGUGCCAAGGACCAGGCAAUUGGUGACAUCUCCAAGUCCUAUGGGAUCAUCUGACAACAAGGUCCUGCCACUCAAUGUUCAGGUGGUCACUCAGCACAUGCAAUCAGUCAAGCAGUCACCAAAGACUCCCCAGAACGUUCCUGCCAGCCCAGUUGGUGACCGCUCUGCCCGACAUCGCUACCCACAGAUCUUACCAAAGCCAGCAAAUACCAGUGCUCUCACCAUCCGCUCUCCCACAACGGUGCUUUUUACCAGUAGCCCAAUCAAGACUGUUGUGCCAGCUCCACACGUGAAUUCCUUAAAUGUGGUAAAAAUGACAGCAAUAUCUCUUGCCCCAAGCAGCAGCAGUGUGCCCGUCAAACAGACACCUUCAGUUAAUAGUAGUGCAGGAGCAGUGGAAGAAGGGAGGACUACUCCACAGAUCAAAAGUGGUUCUGUUGUUUCACUUCAGUCUCCAGGAUCCAAACCUAGCACUGUUGUAGCUGCAUCUGCAGUUGAGAUCAAAAUGGAACCAGAAGGACUGCUGGAUGAGAACCCAGUACAGGGCCAGGAGAGCUCUGACACGUCUAAAUCCAUAAAGGCAACCCCUGACCUGCCUCCUGCUCAACAGAUUAAUUUUGAGGUUGCAACUGUGAAGGUUUCAGCUGACGGUGUCGUGGAGGCAAAACCAGUUAAGGGCUGUGAUCAGGGAGCUGAAGAAGCAGGGACCAAAUACAAGAUGCAGUCCAAUGAGAUCACACCGGUUUCUUCAGCAGGCAAUAAUCAAAGCGCUCUAAAGCUCUCUGUUGCCAGUCACAACUUGUCCAGCACCAGCAUUGAUUCACUUCCUACUGGUGAGUCUUCAAUUAAAGACAAAAUAUGCACUAAAAGUCCAAGAAAGCGACAACCCUCUACGCUUCAGGAUUCCCAGGUACCACCUGUCAAGAAACCACUGGUGGGGCAGCUUUCAGCUGGUAAUGCUGAGGAGAGUCCAAAAGCAGAGAGUGUUACAAAGGUUCCAAAGGUCGUAUCAUUAGCUAACAGUGACAAUACCACACUUGUUCAAGUUCCCAGCAAGGUACCUGUAAAUGUACCUGUACCUUCUGCAGCUCCAGCAGACUUAGUGACAGACUGUUCUUUGAGCGCUGAUUUAAAUGCCAGUGAUUCUACUUUAGAACAGCAGCUUGCAUCAGCAUCAUCUCCAGAUAUAAAAGUGAAAUUGGAAGGAAACAUGUUUAUUAUAGAAAGUGAUUCAAAAUCUGAUGGCAGCUUUAACCCAAACGCGUGGCACCAUAUCACCAAAACUUCUGAUUUUGCAUCUGUGAAUUGUGAACAGCAGCAAGAUAUCAGUGUUAUGACUAUUGCAGGACACUCUGGCUCUAGUGACUUACAGGAGACUGCAUGGGAGCCAGUGCACUGUGAGGGUAUACAGCAGGAUGUGUACAACCAGCAGUUACAGAGCCAGAUCCAGGACUCCUCCUUGGGUCAAAUACAAGCACAGUCUUCAAAUCAGUUACCUCUGCAGUCUGAGCUGAAAGAAUUUGAACACACAGUCCCUCAGUCAAAUGAAAACUUCUUUUCAUUUGAUGAUGACCUAACCCAGGACAGCAUUGUGGAGGAGCUCGUGCUCAUGGAAGAGCAGAUGUCAAUGAAUAAUUCUCAUGCUUACGGUGGCUGUCUAGGAAUGGCACUUCAGAGUCAGACAGCAGCUCAAGGAGCUCCUGUGUCAUCCCACCCAAGCAGCACACAUUUUUACCAUUCAAUCCAUAACAGCACUCCAAUUCAUACUCCCACUCCCACCCCUACCCCGACUCCCACCCCUACCCCAACCCCAACGCCCACCUCUGAAAUGAUUGCUGGAUCUCAGAACGUGUCACGUGAGAGCCCCUGUUCCAGGCUGGCUCAGACGACUCCUGUGGACAGUGCUCUAGGAAGCAGCCGGCACACACCCAUUGGCACACCACACUCAAACUGCAGCAGUAGUGUUCCUCCGAGUCCUGUGGAAUGCCGAAACCCAUUUGCAUUUACCCCCAUAAGCUCCAGUAUGGCUUACCACGAUGCCAGCAUUGUUUCAAGCAGCCCUGUGAAGCCAAUGCAGCGGCCUAUGGCUACCCACCCUGACAAAACCAAACUUGAGUGGAUGAAUAACGGGUACAGCGGUGUUAGCAAUUCGUCGGUUGCAAACCACGGCAUCCUUACGAGCUACCAGGAGCUAGUGGAAGAUCGCUUCAGGAAACCUCAUGCUUUUGCAGUUCCUGGCCAGUCAUACCAAUCUCAGCCACGCCACCACGAUACUCACUUCGGUUGCGUGACUCCUGUUUCACCUGUGCAGCACCAGGCAGCUCCCGUAAGUAGCAGCACCAAGCAGGAGGGCUUUGCAGUUCCUGCUCCUCUGGACAACAAAGGAGCCAGUUCCUCUCUCAAUAACAGUCUGAGAUGCCGGAGCGUGAGCCCUGCUGUCCAUCGUCAGCGCAACCUCAGUGGGAGCACCGUUUACCCUGUUUCCAAUAUACCACGCUCCAACCUGGCACCUUUUGGAAGUCCAGUGACUCCUGAAGUUCACAACGUAUUUACUAAUAUCCAUGCAGACACUAAUGCCAAUAAUAUAGCGCAGAGAAGCCAGUCAGUCCCAUUGACUGUGAUGAUGCAGACGGCCUUCCCAUCUCUUCAGAAACAAACAAACGCUAAAAAAAUAACCAAUGUGUUGUUAAACAAACUUGAUUCUGAUAGCGAUGAUGCAGUGAGAGGUUUGGGAAUGAACAACAUGCCCUCAAAUUACACAGCCAGGAUGAAUCUCACUCAGAUUUUAGAGACGUCCACUGCUUUUCCUAGUGCCAACCCGCAAAGUAUGAUCAAUUCCAGCACUUCAAUUUAUGAAUUCCAAACACCAAAUUACCUCACUAAAAGCAGCACCGAUCAGAUCAGUUUUUCUUCUGGAGAUAACCAAGCACAAUCAGACAUCGGAGAACAGCAAUUAGAUUUUAGCAGCACUGUAAAAGACCUUUUAGGGGAGGACAGUCUGCCAACAAACCAGCAGCUGGUGAAUCAGGUGGCAUCAGAUCUCAGCGUUACAUCUGUCUUUUCCAGCGACAUCAGGUUGUCUUCCGAACUCUCAGGCAGCAUUAACGAUCUGAACACUUUAGACACAAAUCUACUGUUUGAUCCAGGUCGUCAGCAGGGACAAGAUGAUGAUGCUACACUGGAGGAAUUAAAAAAUGACCCCUUGUUUCAACAAAUCUGCAAUGAAUCCAUGAACUCGAUUAAUACAUCAGGUUUUGAGUGGAUGGAGAGCAAGGAUCAUCCUGCUGUUGAAAUGUUGGGUUAAUAUUGUUUUAUAGUAUGUAUGUAGCACACUGUAUGUAAAAGACAGACGUAUUGUAUUUGUCUUAAUGGAAGUGCCUCCUGCAGCAGAAACACUUGCUAUGUAUUGUGGCAUUUAAAAAAAAAAAGAAGUUUGCUGUACCAGUUGCUCAUUCUUUAGCAGAGAAAGGGCAGUCUUACCAAUUUCAAAAGAAACCUCUGAAGGUGAUUGGGCUAUCAAAGAGCCAGUAUUACUUUUUUAAUUUGAUAGUGUUUCCCAUUCAGCAUUUCUUGUUGUAGUAAAUAAGUGGUUAAUAGCAAGCAACAACAGCUCUGGUUGAGGCAGCGGGAGGGUUUUAAGUUGAGCUCAUAGGUAAGCUUACCAUACUAAGUAUUGCUCGUUACUUCUCAGUACGUGAUUCAUACUGACCUCUGUCUGAAAUGCAGGGUUCCUGCAGGUAUGUAGGGAUGGGCAGUGGAUACAAGUGAACCAGGGGGCACGCAGGUGCCUGAUCACUGUGUAGCUGUUGUGAGUGCUGCCUGGUGGUGAACUGGUGCCAUUUAUAUCUCUAGUAAAACGCAGAGAUAGAAAAAAUAACAGGAAAUGGGCGUGAUCAAGGAAAAAGAAAGAUGCACUAAUUUUUUAUUUAAGAGAAAGAGAUCUAUGUAGUUAUUUUGUCCAUUAAUGUUUCUGACAUUGUACUUGAUAUUUUAGUUCUCACGUCAGUGCUUUUAUAUCAGGCAAAAUUUGUGAGAAAAGAUUUUAGCACUGAGGUCUAAUCUAGGCAUAACACCUUAUUUUAAAAUGAUAGGUACUAUUUAAUUAUUUAUCGAAGCUGGAGAAGUGAUGUGGUAUCUUCCCUCUUUUUUAAAAAAGAGCUGCUAGAGCUCAUAAAAAUACUAUUUUUAAAGAUUCGUUUUUAAGUUUGCUCUUUUCUAACAGUGGAGAGUGUAGGAAGAUGUUCUUUCCUCUAUAUUUCAGUAGGUUGAGCCUGUCUUGCUCUCUUUUAAAUAAAAGAUGAUUAAAAUAUUAUAAAAUGUGGUGGAUCUAAAAAUAUUUUGUAUAGAGCCAUAAUACUGCCAGGCACUUUAUAGAUGUGAUCUCAUUUUGGAUAAAAUUUAUUUUAAAAGUGCUUACUGGUUUUAGAAGCUUGAAUUCAGUUUUCACUGACUGCUUUGAGAGGACUGAUGAAUCUAAUUUUUGUUACAUGUACUGAGCUACCCCCCUUUGAAAAUGGAAUUUAAACUUCUAACUCACCAGUUCACUUAAACCAAAAAAAAAAGGCCUUUUGCUUUAUCAGCAUGGCACGAGUCUCUCUGACGAUGAAGAGAGAAGUGCUUGACCAGCCAUGGCCCUGAUGCUAGAAAGAGGACUUGCAAAAGCAAGCUGUUAAGAAAUAGUUGUUCUGAGAAUGCUACAGUACCAUCCCUUAAGCUUAGUAUAAAAUUAGUUAUUUCUCUUGUGAACUGACAAACUGAAAGCAGAGCAGAAGACAUUUUCCUCUCUUGCAUGCCUUCUUUCAAUAAGAGGUCAUGAAUUUAUAAUAGGAAGGCACAGUAAGCCCUCCUAGAUUUAUUAAGGAAUAGAUGCUCAGAUGAUUAUUUGCUUUUAAUUUUUGUUUUUUAAAGUGACUUAGUGGUCAUUUUUUUCUUCAGUUUUGCUAAGGACUUGAUCUGAGUACUGAUUAAUUUUUUUGGCAGUGCUGAUCUGAAUUGUGCUGCUGCAUUGUCACUUCAGGUGCUGGUGUAUCAUGCCUUCUCUUGCUCUUGCCCUGAUUGACCACCAGUUUGUGGCUGCUGCUUCAGGGACAAAACUGUUGUGACAAACUGUAGCGCCUUACAGGGAGCAUGGCUUCACUGUGCUUGCAUUGGAAGUUUUACUGCUUUUGCUUAGGAAAAGACUUGGAGAGUUUGGGUUGCUCCUUGAAACAUAGGGAUAUGCAAUGGUGUGGUUUAAGUCACCCUUUUAAGUUAGUUAAGGAAGAGGUUAGGAGUCUAAAACCUGCAUGGUAGGGUUCUUUUAGGGUUCUUUUAGGUGUCUGCAGGAAGGCUGGAACCAUUUUUCCUUUAGGCACAAGUUGCCAGUGGCAGGGCUUGAGUUGCGUUCCUGUCCGUGGCCUUUAGCAGAGGUAUGGCUCACCAUCCUCUUACCUUGUUGAGUUGCUGGGUCUGAGACACACUCAGCGCUUCCUUUUUCUGACCCUGUGUGAAGUGCCAGUGAAUAUAUGAACCCUGCUUUCCAGUGUGGAGUGUGGGGGAGAUCUCGAGCUCCAUCUGUGCUGUGGCAGUCUGCACGAUGUGCUGACCUGGCCCCCAUGUUGCUGGGACUGAUGUGGGCUUGCUGUAAACAAGUUCUCACCUAACUCCACUAGUUUUUCAGAACAUUUCUCACAAAAACAAGAGUAGAUUUGAAACUGAUGCUCUCUAAAUUAUGCAGCCAUCACCAAAGGUUUUUAAAGUACCUUUUACAUUUUUUUAAAUACAAGCAUUACUUUGAACCUAACAAGUGAUUUAAUUAGCAGGAAUAUUCUGUGAUCAGUGGAUUUAAAGCAAAUGUAUGUUUAAUUGAAGAAGUGUUCUAUUCAGUCAGGGUUCUUUCAAGUGAAAUCCAAGGCAUAGACACAGCUUUGUACAUUGGUAUGUGUCCUUUUAGCGGUGUUUUUGUGUUGGUGUUAUAACUAUUAUCUAUGAGGUCCCUGUAUUUAGUGCUUGUUAGUUCUUUACGUUGAGACAGAGCACUACUGCACACCAAAGUAUGCAAUACCCAAAGGAAGAUUCCAUGAUUUUAGCAAAUGGAAGCCUGUCUGUCAGAUACUCCAGAACAAAGAAGAUGAGACAGUUCUGACCCCUUGUUUACAUAAUUGGCUUCCAAAUAAGAUGAUAAAUAAUUUUGAUAGCAGUUUUUGCUAAAAUAUACAAACUAGUGAACUUGUACACUGUGUACAGUAUUGCAGCAAACACUUUAAAAUUGGUUGGUUAGUCCAGCAAACUAUCUGGGUUCAUGUAUUGCACUAAUAUUCUGUUGAACCUGUGGCAGGCACGUUCCUUAGGAUAAAUGCAACAAAUACGGCCAACAGAUUUAAAUAAAAUAAUAAAAACAAAUAAACAAAAAAAAAAACCCACAAAAAAUAAAACAGAAAAAAAUCUAAUGUGUUUCAUUAUUAAAAGGCAAAAUGUCAUUAAAAGUGACAGGUGAAAUUGUCUUAUGUAGCAAUGUGCAAUGAUCUCAAUGAGAUAUUUCUAUUUCUUAUUCUCUUAAAUGAGAAUAUUACAGCAGGAAAAAUCAAGUUUAGUUUGCUUCACCAUGUUAAUACAUGAUCACAAAAUGUGCAUGAGUGUUAAUGACUUAAUCUUGUACAGUACUAGAUAUAUUCCUGUAACCACUUUUUUUUAUUCUUUGCUGUAUUGAAGCUGGUUCGGUGUUAACCAGGUGAGCAUAGUUAUUCACAAGUUACUUACUUUUUUUAUGUUAACUAAUUCAGCUUAGUUAUUGUUGAAUAUGUUCCUUUUUUGGAUUCUUUUUUAUUGUUCGGGUGUUGAAAGAUAUUUUUGCAUCAUUUUAUCAUGAUAAGAAUUCAUGAAGUAAAUAAUUUGCAAAUAAUUGCAAUAAGCACUGACUUCUGAACUGAAAAGAAGGAAAGCGUUUCUUGUGCAGUGCAUCCAAGGUUCAUAUAAUAAUCUUGUACUAUACCGUGCUUUAUUAACUGCACCCUAAGGAAAAAAAUAAAUCCCUGUACUACAUUUUCAUUAAAUGCAGGAAGUCCAGUUUUCCCUCUCUCCCGCAGUGUUUCGUUGUCUGUUGUACUGCUGAAACUACAGUAGUUGAAUAUUGCAGUAGCAUUUCAGUUAUUUUUUUUAUUGAAAG